AUGGGUCGCAUGCACGCUACCAGGAAGGGCCUGUCCCAGUUGGCGCUGCCCUACCGCCGUAGCGUCCCUACGUGGCUGAAGUUGACGUCUGAUGACAUGAAGGAACAGAUUUACAAACUGGUCAAGAAAGGCCUGACUCCCUCCCAAAUAGGUGUGAUCCUGAGGGACUCACAUGGUGUGGCACAGGUCCGCUUUGUGACUGGAAAUAAAAUCUUGAGAAUCCUUAAGUCCAAAGGCCUUGCCCCUGAUCUCCCUGAGGAUCUCUACCAUUUGAUUAAGGAAGCAGUUGCUGUCCGAAAGCACCUUGAGAGGAACAGAAAGGAUAACGAUGCUAAGCUCCGCCUGAUUCUGAUAGAGAGCAGAAUUCACCGGUUGGCUCGAUACUGUAAAACCAAGCGGGUGCUCCGGCCCAAUUGGAAAUAUGAGUCGUCCACACCCUCCGCUCUAGUGGUAUAA